CAUCAUCACCGCACGUGCACCCCGAAGAAGAAAUAAAUAAAUAGUUUUCGAUGCAGUCUCAGAGAUUUUUUAUUGGUAAUUUACCCGCUGGUACAAAUGAAAAUGAAGUUAAAAAAGCAUUUCAAGACUUCGGCGAUGUAACAAACGUUGAACUAAAAGCAAAAGAAAACUUAGUUGACCCCAGCAAUGUUAAACUUUUAGCUUUUGUAACACUCAAUCUCUACAAUGACGAUGUGGAUUAUUGCUUAAGAAAGCUUAAUAACAAGGAAAUCAAUGGGGAAUAUGUUAAAGUUUCUGUUGCCAAAGAGAGUUUCCUGGAACGACUUAAACGAGAACGAGAAGAAAGUUCAAAGAAAUCAUCCAAAACACCUAGCACUAAUAAUUAUGAACUCAGAGUUCCAUAUAAUGAAGCUCAAGUUCAGUACAAUGAAGUUCCUAAUAAGUCAAAAAAGUUUUUCGAUACUGAAGAUGUUGCGGAGCCUGACGAUGAAAAUCUAUUUGACGACGGAGAACCCGUCCUGAUUACAAAGAAGAGGGCUGCCAAUUCUAUGCGAAAUGGAAAGAUUGUUAUUGAAGGAACCAAUGCUGCGCCUAUUACUGUGAUAGGCAAACAAAAAGAAGUCAAACUCCUGAGCGAUAAGUCUUUCGAUGCCGACAAGAAGCGAAAAGAGUCCGUAAAUAAGAAAAAGAACCAGUAUCAGCUUCAAAAGUCGCUGAUUCAAAAAUCUCUUGCUUCAGUGGAUGCUUCUAAAAACAAACAAAUCUUUUUCGAUAACGAUGAAGAAGAUACAAACACUCCAUCGGAUGCAAAGCAACUGUUCCAAGAUGACUCAGAUCAGGAGGAGGGUUCGGUUGCCAACGACUUUGCCAUGAAGCCAGAAUAUGAAGGGGCAAAGGGUGCCGCCUUAAUGAAAUUGCAAUCAAAAAUGAGUCUAGAUCCACGUUUCAAAAUUGACAGUAAGUUUGUUGAUAAGGUCGAUGAAGAUGAACCCGUGAAAAAUGAAAACAGUGAACGAGAUUGGCAAUAUGGCAUCUUGGAGCAAGUUGUAGGUACUAAGUUCUCCAAUACCACCCAAGGCAAGGAUCCUAAAAAGAACAAAUUAAAUAUGUUGCGUUAUGAUCCGUCGAAAGAAAAUCAAGAUCAAUUCUUGAUCAAACGUAAACAAGCUGAACCAAUGGAGGUAGAAGAAGAAGAUGACGAAGAAAAUGUAAUUCCCCAGACCAAAGAGAAAAAAGUUUCGAAAGAAGUUUUCUACAUGGUUAGUGAAAAUUUAUCGAACUCUCUCAAAGUAAGAGGUGAUGGCUUUAGCCUACUCAGCAUGUUUGGCAGAGCAGCCUCAGAUGAAAAUGAGGUUAAUGAGGAACGAACAUCAAAAGAGAAAAUACUGAUAAGCAAAACAGACAAAACUGGUGAAGUUAAUCCUUUUUCAUAUGAUUCAUCUUCGGAAUCUGAAAACGAACAAGAAAGUAAACCUAAAAUCGUGGAAGAUGAAAGUCAAACAGUUAAAAUCAAAGAGUCGAAAAAAUCUGCAAAACCAAAAUUGUUCGUGGAAUCUUUUUUCAUGUCAAAGAACGAUGUUAGAUUGAAAGAAGGCAAAUCAUUUUUCCGAUCCAAUAAGCUGUCAGAGAAGAUUGUAAAUUAUGAUGAAGUUAAAAAUAAACUGAAAAACAUUAUUAAUAAAAAGAUCACUAAAUCAAAGAAACAAUUAAAAGGCAUAGGAAAACAAAAGUCGAUACGUAGCAGAUAAGACUUAUACUAAUAUGCAUAUACAUAAAUGUUUAUAUUAUUUUUUAUAAAUAAACUAAUGAUUAUAUAAUACCAAUAA